UAAAAAAAAAAAAUAGAGAGAGUAGCCAUAUAAUUGGAAUCUCACAUUCUCUUCUCUCUCUUCUUCUUCUCUUCUCUUCGUCUGAAUCUCUCAUUGCCAUUUUUGUUUGUUGCUUUUGAAAGCUAUUAACUUUGGUGGUUUGAUUUGUUUCAAGCUCAGAUUUUUCCGUAAUUGGCAUUGCCCUUUGAGAGUUUCAUCUUCAAUUUUUGGCUAUAUCGAGAUUUGCUUCUCAAUUUGGCAUCUCUACUAGUGCCAGCCAUUUCUUGAUUUGGAUCAUAAAAGAGUGGUGAAAAGCUUGAGUCUAUGGGAUUUUGAAAUGGCUUGAUCAGGUGAUGAGAGGAUGUACUUGCAAAAAGAUUGAGACUUGUUUGAGAAAAAGCGGAUGACAAAGUUUCUGUGGUCAGCAAGAGGGAUUAUUAGUGGUUUCUGCUUACCAAAGAGACGAUCUUUUUGAUAUGAGAGGUUCUUGGUACAAGAGUGUUUCCUCGGUUUUUGGUCUCAGACCACGGAUCAGAGGGUUGCUUUUCUUCGUUGUCGGUGUUGUGGCUUUAGUUACUAUUUUAGCACCAUUGACAUCCAAUUCGUUUGAUUCUUCUUCAAGUUCGACUCUUGUGCCCAACAUUUAUAGUAACUAUAGGAGGAUAAAAGAGCAAGCUGCUAUUGAUUAUCUGGAUCUAAGGUCUCUCGCGUUAGGGGCUAGUGUAAAAGAGUUUCCUUUGUGUGGUAAAGAGAGAGAAAGCUAUGUGCCUUGUUAUAACAUAACUGGGAAUUUGCUUGCUGGGCUUCAAGAGGGUGAGGAGUUAGAUCGACACUGCGAGUUUGAAAGAGAGAAGGAAAGAUGUGUAGUUCGUCCUCCGAGGGACUAUAAAAUACCACUUAGGUGGCCACUUGGUAGAGAUAUCAUAUGGAGUGGGAACGUGAAGAUAACCAAAGACCAGUUUCUUUCGUCAGGAACCGUGACAACGAGGUUAAUGUUGCUUGAAGAGAAUCAAAUUACCUUUCACUCGGAGGAUGGACAGGUCUUUGAUGGCGUUAAAGACUAUGCUCGUCAAAUUGCUGAGAUGAUAGGUUUAGGAAGUGAUACUGAAUUUGCUCAAGCGGGUGUACGAACUGUGUUAGACAUUGGCUGCGGCUUUGGUAGCUUUGGUGCACAUUUAGUGUCUUUAAAGCUGAUGCCUAUAUGUAUUGCUGAGUAUGAGGCAACUGGGAGCCAAGUCCAGUUAGCUCUAGAAAGAGGCCUUCCUGCAAUGAUUGGCAAUUUCUUUUCAAAACAGCUUCCUUACCCAGCAUUGUCUUUUGACAUGGUACAUUGUGCUCAAUGUGGCACUACUUGGGAUAUCAAAGAUGCAAUGCUACUUUUGGAAGUGGAUCGUGUUCUGAAACCCGGUGGAUACUUUGUUUUAACUUCUCCUACAAACAAGGCACAGGGAAAUUCACCCGAUACUAAGAAAACGAGCAUUUCGACACGGGUUGAUGAGUUAUCUAAGAAAAUCUGCUGGAGUAUAACAGCUCAGCAGGACGAGACGUUUCUUUGGCAGAAAACUACAAAUUCAAAAUGCUAUUCAUCCCGUUCGCAAGCUUCUAUACCUCUUUGCAAAGAUGGAGAUAGCGUUCCGUAUUACCACCCACUGGUUCCAUGUAUAAGCGGAACCACGAGUAAACGUUGGAUUCCUAUUCAGAAUAGGUCUGCUGUUGCAGGAACAACAUCGGCUGGGCUUGAAAUUCAUGGUUUAAAACCGGAGGAGUUCUUUGAGGAUACGCAAAUAUGGAGAUCAGCUCUGAAAAAUUAUUGGUCCUUGCUUACACCUCUAAUUUUCUCUGACCACCCGAAGAGACCCGGUGAUGAAGAUCCUCUCCCGCCUUUUAACAUGAUACGCAAUGUGAUGGACAUGAAUGCUCGUUUUGGGAAUUUAAAUGCCGCUUUACAUGACGAAGGCAAAUCCGCUUGGGUAAUGAAUGUAGUCCCAGUCAAUGCACGUAACACUCUUCCUAUCAUACUUGAUAGAGGUUUCGCCGGUGUUCUACAUGACUGGUGUGAACCAUUCCCAACAUAUCCUAGAACGUACGACAUGCUUCAUGCCAAUGAACUUCUUACACAUCUUAGCUCCGAACAAUGCAGCUUAAUGGACUUAUUCUUGGAGAUGGAUCGGAUUCUUCGCCCUGAGGGAUGGGUUGUUAUAAGUGACAAGGUGGAAGUAAUCGAGGUAGCUCGCGCACUAGCAGCUAGAGUCCGUUGGGAAGCACGAGUCAUUGAUAUUCAAGAUGGUAGUGACCAAAGACUUCUCGUCUGUCAAAAACCAUUCCUGAAAAAAUAACUGAAAAGACAACAUCAAAAAGUAUUAUAUGCUUCUUUCAACCAUAAACAACACUCACUACACAGUCUUUUCACUGAUCCAAGAUUAUAACUCCUGCAAACUUUGGAGAGACAUCAUUAUAUUUUUUUUGGUUUUCGGAUGGCUUUGUUAAAAACUUGAGAAGGGUGGGCUUGGCUAUAAUGUAAGUGGAAGGUGUAGCUAUGAGUAGAGAAGAAAGAGUUUAGAUUCAAUAUAUUCUUUCAUUUUUCCCUUUUUUUUUUUUCUUUUUUGUCUUUCUUUAAUUUUGCUCUGGAACCAAAAAAAAUGUAGCUAUAUAUUUUUCCAUUCAUCCAAUUUUUGUUUCCUGUAAAACGAGAUUUUACUUCUGCUAUUUUAUUUUCCUUAAUGUAUUAUUUCUUUUCAAUGUUGAGAACUGAGAUGUUUAGUAAA